AUGGGAGGGUUACCAACACCAGCAGCCCUGGGAGAAGUGACACAGUCUGCAAGACAGUUGCUGAUUGAAGAAGCUGGAGAAUGCUUGAUGAGUGAUGCAGUGGUGAAUGCUGGACCUGCUGUUUUCAUAUCAGCAUCCGAACCAAAUCCAAUCAUGGUGCAACCUCUACCUUUUCAACCUGGCACGAGUUUUGGAACAACCACACAUCCACCUCCACCUCCAAAUGUAGUUGUGACAAGGUCAGCCUCUGGCACUAGUAGUUUUGGUUCUGCUUUACGUCCAAGGAAUAUUGAUAUCAGAAUACGUACAGGUUCAGCUUCAAAUUUCAUUAACAACUCUUCAACUGCAAACAGAAAAGAAAAUUCUAGUUACUGA